AUGGCCGGUCCGGAAGAGACACCACAAUUGCGGAUGGCCCAGGAGCCCUUCGUGCAACCUGGUUAUGGUGAGCUUAAUCCGUCAUAUGAGCAGCCCGCCAACGCCAAGCCGGUGUGGUCUCUGGCGAAGCCUUUGCCCCGUGUGGUGCGACCGGGCAUGGUGCCGACCAGGGAUGAGUUGAUUCAGCAACGCCAAAAUGCCCAGUUGCCAUUAGAAAACUCGCAGAGAUAUGGUCUGGAUGUCGACCCAACUGACCUGGAGGAGGGACGUAUCGAGAAGAACGCUGACCCCCGGAAAAUGGCGGCACAGGUUGAGGAUGCUCGUCUGCAGCGUGAGCAGGCCUUCAUGAACAAAAUUCUCAGCGGUGACACCACGUCUAUAAGACAAGGGUCGAGACAGGGAUCGCGUAUGUCUCGUACUUCUUCAAGUCGCGUCAGACGUCCAUCUCGCUGGAACAACAAUGAUCAGGAUGCGUUGUCGGCAGUAGAGGAGGGCGACUCUUCAGUAACAACUGAAGACGCCCCUGGUAGAAACGACUACUUCGGCGAUGAUUUGCGAGCUAUUCCCGAGCAACAAGAGCCGCCACUGGUUGACGACAUGAUUGAGGAUAAGCUUGAAAUCCCCGUUCUUGAUGAAUCAACACACCCGGAGGAUCUGCACCCAUUGGUCCAGGAACUGGUGGAAGACGAAAUUCACAACAAUCACACCACUUGGUCUGUUUAUCGUACCCAUCACCGCGAGGCUCUUGCCGAGGCCCUGGGGGCCUUCGUUCAACUCACAAUUGGUUUCUGUGCCGAUCUUUCUGUCACAAUCGCGGAUGAUGGUAACCCUAACACCACCGCGUGGUCUUGGGGUUUCGCCACUAUGAUCGGUAUUUACAUUUCUGGUGGUGUGUCUGGUGCUCACCUCAACCCUGCUAUAACUAUUAUGCUUUGGUUCUACCGUGGUUUCCCCAAGAGCAAGAUGCCCGAGUACUUCGCUGCUCAGUUCAUGGGUGCCUUUUGUGCUGCUCUCGCGGCCUACGGACUUUACUACGAGUCCAUCCAGCAUUGGCUUGCGAGCAACCCAGAUACUGGCAUCGUCACUAGCUUCGUGACCAGCCAACGUGAAGCCUGGAUUGGCGCUGGAACUGCCUUCGGUAACGAGUUCUUGGGAACAGCCUUCCUCGCCUGUACCGUUCUGGCGCUUGGUGAUGACCAAAACGCCCCACCCGGUGCCGGUAUGAACUCCCUCAUUGUCGGUCUUGUCAUCACCUGUUUCAGUAUGGUCUUUGCCUACCAGACAGGAGCUGCAUUUAACCCCAGUCGUGACUUUGGUCCCCGUCUAGCUCUUCUGGCUCUGGGUUACCCUAGCGAGCUGUUCCUCAACGCGUACUGGUUCUACGGUCCCUGGGUUGGCGCCAUCAGCGGUGCCUUCGGUGGCGCCUUCUUGUACGAUUUCUUCAUCUUCACUGGUGGAGAGUCCCCCGUCAACUACCCAUGGGAGCGCACGGAGCGUGCUAUCCGAAAGAGUCGCAUGAAGUGGGCACGUCGUCUGCAUCUUGCCAAGAAGGAGAAGGUGGAAAACACAGACGGUGGCCCCGUCGGAGUUUAA